ACCAAACAAAUAUGUCAUAGCGAUAUCAUGCGACCAUCACGUAUAAAACUAUUAAUUCUGUGUUGCUGGAAACAAACAUUUCGAUUAUGCUUGUUCUGACUUUGAACUCUAUGGACGAGGACAAACGUUUAAAGUGCUUAUAGCAUAAAGCAAGGCGUUAUUUUAAACCACGGACUUCUCUGAGGUGUGUGUAUAGGGGAGUUAUCGCACGUCUGGUCGGACAUGAUUGUAUUGGCUUUUAUUUUCGUCUUUCUACUAUCAGAAGUAGAUUAUACUGCAGGUGAGAAGAACACAUAUUGUUUUGACUUAGCUAUUCAUUUUUGAGCACAUUUUAAGCACACGCCGCCAAUAGUCUGGUAAAAAUGAUUUAAUAAUCACAGACGAAAAUUGGGGUAUUAGACUCAGGACAUUUCAGCGGGUAUCUUCCCAACAUCGUCUUCUAGACUUCAAAGCUUUUACCAGUUCAAAGUGAUAUCAUAGCUAAGUGAAUUUUCCGAUUCGGUUUAAGGUAAAUUACAUGUAACCUUUCCUCAUACAGUUUUCUACUUCUUUAAACCCACAAAAAAUAUUAAUGUCACGCGCUGUUAAACGGCUUUUCCCCCGGAAGAGAUUCCGAGAUUCCUCUAUCAAACAAUGGACUGAGUUAGACAAUAAAAAAGAGGAAUCGAAUUCUCUGAUAAAAGAUUGAUCUCAUCAGAUUAAACUGCUCCUCAAGAAAAUUUGCGUUUUAACUUAACCAAAAAUUUCAUCAGAUAAUCUUGAAAAUGUUGUUCGUUUCAACCGAUCUUUGCCCUGACUUGGCACGGGUUUUUGUCUGUGUCAGUGUUGUUGCGUUACUUUCCAUUUCUUGACCCAAAAAUAGUCACAUUCAAGGAGGGCUCAAGUCGUUUUAGCACAGGUUUACCAACUUGUCUUGCUCAAACGACCAUGUGUGGGUUAUGUAAUAUUUAUGCAAAAAAAAGUCAACCUCGUUCCCAGUGUAUCUCUGCUGUCUAUCCUCUCUCGCACACUAGAGGAUGGGAGAGGAAUGAAAUGGGAAUAAGGCUGGUAAAAGAUUGUGAUAUGUUCCUGGGCCCAGUUGUUCAAAGGCCGAUUAGCACUUAACCAAGGGUUAGAUUUAACCUGGGUUUCUUUUUCUUUUGGUCAAAAGCAUUUUCUCAGAUAAUUUUCUCUGUUAUUUUUAAGAGCAUCCAAUUAUCAACUUGCUGACAAAAAGAAUUAAACUGAAUUUACUUUUUAAGCUUUCAUAUCUGAAUUCAAAUUUCGUACAAACCCUGGGUUAUCUUAACCCAGCUUUGAACAACUCAGUCCUGCUGUUUAGUGUAUGUUUUGUUGUUUCAUCACUCUCUAUCUGUACCUCCAACUAGUGCCACACUAAGUGGAUACUUAAGAAAUCCUUUAUUUCAAGACAUUGUCUUAUACUGUGAUCUGCACGACUGUAGGGGUCAAGUCUCCAGAAAGACCAGUUGUACCAAAUGUCACAGCUAUCAGCUCAACAGAGAUACGGAUCACAUGGUGCCGAGUGCACUCCAACAAAGUAGAGAUUGAUCACUAUGAACUGUUCAUAGACACUGAGCUGGAGUAUUCGGGAGUGGAUGUCAUGUACAUUGCCAAGCGUCUGAAACCCUGGUCAGGGUACGAAGUCAAAUUGAGGGCAUGUGGGGUAUCCCCUGGAGCUUGUUCUCCUUUCUCAAGACCUGCUCUUGUGAUGACUUUGAGAGACGGUAAGUUAAGAGUUCACCAUUUUCUUAUUUUCGAGUCUGUACAAUCCCCUUUAAGAGGUUGUAAAAGUUCAAUAAGGUAUGUGCUGCAUUCAUUCUCAAAGCCUGCUUUAGACAAGAUCUGUGAUAUUGGUAUUAAUGAAUAAAGAUAAUAUUAUUAAUUUAUAAUUUCAGGAGACAACACCACUACAGUGAUUCAGUCUGGUGUGACAAUAUUCAAGGUCAUUGUUGUACCUACAUACACGUUCAUACUUGGAAUGAUAGCAGGAGUGUUGGCCAUUUCAUUUGUUCUUAUAUGGAGGUAAUUCUUUGUUACAUACUCUAUUUAACAAGUGUAAGGACUGUAAAGACAAAGAAACCAAACAAGCAAGCAACAAAUUAUAUGAUACCCCCAUUAGCACCCUCAACCAAAGAUGCCACUAUGAUUAGAAUUACCUGUGUAUCAAAACUUGCAAUAUUAAUUAAUUAAGAGCCUGCAGUACAGGCGUUUUCUUUGGGUGUGCAAAUGUUUUUGCUUCUGUAAGCGCCAUGUUGAAACUCCAAAAGAGGGGAGGAUACAAUAAACAAUAACAAAUAAAUAAAAACUUGACAAACUAUAUUUGACUCACAGUUAUAGCAAGUUUGAUGUUUUAUUUUCGUUUACAUAAGGUAUCUGCAAUCGGUAGACCUGUCUGGGGAAUCAGCCUUUGAACUGCCGCAGUUUCAGACAGAAGCAACCAAAGAUGAAUAUGAUGCAAUUCUGAAACAUCAGCCACCUGGCAAUCAUCUUUGGUGCAGUUUGGAGAGCACUUCUCAUCUGGCAAAAGCUUCUAAUGUGGACAGUGUGGAGUCGCAUUACCUGGAAAUACCACCCAACGAAGAAAAUGCCAGGCAACAAAACUGUCUGGUGAUUACAGACUUGAUUUUACCUAGUUUCUAUUCAAUCAAUUCAACUUGUGAAAGUGACAGGCUCCCCCCUAAAGAACAACAGUCAUUUCAUGUGUCCAGAGAACAACUGGAUGCAACUUGUGAAGAAUAUACCCAGAUUGGAAAACUGGAAGAAGAAUCAUCCCCUUUAAAUGACUUCAACAGAAGCGUGAACAAGCAAGAAUUACAGAAUGGCAUAGACAAGGAUCACGUCCAAUUCCGUGAUAGAACAACAAGCUUAACAUACUGUCCAUUAUCAGAUAACACUCUGACAACACCUGCACUUCACACAUACAAAGAACAAACUUUAGAAUGUUUAGAUGCCUCUAACGAAGGUGCUCCACCCUCUACAUCAACAUCUGAGGCUCAUAAUUCUGAUAAGGAAGUACCAAAAGACUCUAAAACACACUCCUUAUUUGGAAUGGUGGUUGCCAUUGACAACAGCAAUAUUUAUAUUGGUGCUCAGGAAUGUGCCAGUAUGGUCAACACAGGAGACCGCAAGCGACAUGUGCGGGUUAAGUUGCAAAAUUUGGUUAGGAUUCUUGAAAAGGAAAGAACAAAGACCAGAGGGUUUGCAGGUGGCUCUAGUCCUCCAGCAACAGAACAUGUGUGGGAAGUUUACAGGUGGGUCAGGGCAGACUUCAGUUAUCAAUUAAAUAGGACUCAUACUACUGUAAACAAGUGACAAUGAUACUGUUUAACCUCAAAUAGUCACUUCAGAUGACAUGACUGUGAGUGCCUAUUUCACAUAAAUUAUGAAGAAAGAUGGUGGUUCCAGCCAUCUAUUGUUUCAUCUUUCUUAGCAUAAUAUAAUUAAUAUUUGUUUGCAUUUUAUGAUCAGACGCUUGGGAUACAUUGUUGAUCUGGAAGAGAGAAGAGGGAAGGAUGAGCAAAGAGUAGAUGAAAGCCUUCACCUUUGGAUUUAUAAGGUGACAAAAAUUUUACUAUAAAUCUUCCUUACGGAAACUAAUGUGCAUUUCAAAUCAAUAUGCCCCAUCCAUGGCAAUGUCUCAAAGAUGUUCUAGAUCAGUAGUUCCAAAAUCCUGAUGCCAGCUGGAUGGCAAACACCAUUAUAAACAUUCACUACAAGUGGAGUAGCCCCAACCCCUUGAGACUGAAUGGUGAUCACUUUAGUCAUGGCCAGAUUUUUUGACAAGCUUUCUCAACAUGCAUACACGGUUACUGACUAGUUACGAACAAAGAUGUAACUUGAUGUUUUUUUAUGAACCACAGGCCUUGUGUGAGCUCCCUCCUGGUGUAUUGGUACUGGCUACAGGAGAUGGAAUGAAGGGCAAAUCAGAAUGUGACACUAGUUUCCCUGGAUGUGCCAUGAAAGCACUAGAAAAAGGAUGGACUGUUGAAGUCUAUUCCUGGAGGCACAGCUUAAGCAGUGAGUGGAUCAAACUCACUAAAAAGCAUCCCAAUGCACUGACAAUCAACUACCUUGACAAGUAAGGAUAGAACAAUAUGUACUUAAAAUGAAUUCUUCCAACAUUGAAAUGAGCAAUGGUUUAACUAUUCAAAUGAAACCUCUAAAGCAUCACUUACCAUGGUACUAACUUUUGAGUCUGUGGAUGAAAUCCUAUGGUGUUGCCUUUUACAUAAAACCUCUUCGGCAUUACUUUUACUUAGUAGUAUUUAUUUCUUAGGAUUUUAUAAACCUGAAGUUUAGAAUUUUUGACAAAACUUUUAGUUUAGAAUUUUCAGGACUGAGGUUUUCAACCUUGGCUUUAACCAAACUCUAAGAUCAAAAUUUGACUCAUUUGGGCUUCAUUUCCUACAGAAGAAGUGGGGAGAAGUCAAAAAUUUCAAGAAAAUACAUCUUGUGUGAUCAUGUCCAGUUGAUAUUACAAGGAGAAAUUUGGUCUGAUCAAGGGCUGGAUCAAAGAAAAAAAAUACAAGUCAACAACGUGGAUCAAAGAAAAAAAAUUAUGCUAGCGUAAUCAACAAGCUACCUUGCUUGAAAAAAAUGGCUCAUACACAUGUACCUUUCUCUCUGUUUUCUUUGUCAGAUACAUUAACUACAUCACAUUUGUGGAAGGACGGAAUGGAAGGAAGUGCUCUCCACUUCCAUCUGAAGUAAAGUCAGUUGAAAGUGGACCAUAA